AUGGAGAAAGCACGAUCUACAGAAAUUACGGGACCUGUUAUUCUGAAAAUAUCUAGAGGCUUGAAUAUAUUGCGCAAUCUGACAUUGAAUUUUACUAAAGAGCAGUUCGUCGAAGUGCAAUCUGACAUCAUGCACAAUUUACAGAUUUACUUUCGCCGAAUAUGCUCCUCGUCAUCAUGCAGAGAACAACUGUCCCUUUACCCGGAUAUCGAAUACAUUCUGGCUAGAGUCACCGACGCGCAGGAACUUUUGCACAUUUGGACUGCAUGGCACAGUAAUCCGAGAAACGAAGAAAUCAUGAAGCGUUACAUGAACAUCGUGAGCCUGCUAAAUCAGGCGGCAAGAAACGCCGGUUUUAGGAACUCUGGAUACAAAUAUGCAGCGGCUAGUGCGUGCCUUCAGUUGAGAGCAGCUGAUUUGCACCUACUAUUCACGAUCCUUGGAAAAAUUGUUUACACGCUUGCCUUUCAAGGUGAACCGAUAUACCUGCAAUCGCCAAACCCAGCCUUAUAUGAAGCAGUUGGAGGCUUAUUUGAUCUAACCUUUAACAGCUUAGAGCACCUUCAAGAUAUGACACUUCUACCGACGUUCAGUAUCACAAAUGAGGACGAGAUAAAUUUUUUGUAUCGGAUGGCUUUACGCAAGCUUCCUCUCUUGACGUUUACGUAUUUUCUCGAGUCGUGGCGUAAAUCGAUAUUUAUAAGUGAUAACUACGCCUCUGCCUUAUCUAAUAAAAACUGGUGGGAUAAGAAGUCUGCAAUUCAAGGCAUCGGAGCCCCAGUCGAGAUAGUUAAUGCGUUCGAUCCCGGCGCGUCAGUUUCCACAUUCGACUUCAAAUCGAGAAUUCAAGAGUUUUUUGGCGAAUUGCUUCAGUUCCAACUCCUAGCAAAGUUUUGUCCAACGGGUGAACUGUCGAAGUGCAAAAUUAGCGCUAAAAAUGGAAAAUGGCUGCUUCGCAAGUUGAAUGUUGGCAAUGUCCUAGAAUUUGACGAAUUCCUUCUCUCCGCCAAUUUGUCGGCUCUUUCGGCAAAACCGUUGAUGAAGUAUUUCGAAAGACUGCAUCAGUGGUUGAAAAACGAAAAUGACAGGAACCACAUCUGUCGUGGAUGGGGAAUAGAUAAUAGACUCCCUGCCAACGUUAUAAAGACUCUGUCAACGCCGCGCUGCAAGGUGCCACCGCCACAACCACAAACAUCGACGACUACGACUCCAACACCGAAGACUCCAACGCCGACAGCAAAACCUCCGCCACCUUCCUCUUCUCCAGUGACGAUAACAACGCCACAAACGACAACGAAAGGAGCACACAGAGGGAUGACGAAGGAAGACUACGAGAGCGCUGACGCCGCCUUUGCAUCGCUGAACCUACCAAGCACAGGGCUGAUAACCGCUGAUACAGCUGCUGCUCACCUAAUCUAG